UUUAGGCCAUUUUCAAAUCUGAAUAUAGGCCUAGGCGUAUGUAGCUGACCAUGAUUGCUGUGUUUUCCAAAGAGAGGUAGAGUGAUAAAUAUCUGAUAAUUAUAGUACUUUAUAAAGUAUUCGCAAAAUAAUUUUAAAAUGGCUGUAAAUAAACGAGAGAGUAUGAAAAUGGAAAUAGGAUCCUGUCUAGAUGCAGCUCUCAUUCAACUUGCACAAAUCUGGAAUGAAAUUGGAAUUUGUGAGGAACAGCGACAAGAGCGACAGGGUGUGGUGAUGCACCAUCUUCGCAAUCUACUUCAAGAAAUGGUUGAUGAGGAGCAAGAGAUGAGUAACCGUCUUAAAAAAAGCGUUGAGAAGUGUCGCCAUGAACUAAAAGCUCUGGUAGAAGAACUCGGAGAGGAGGAUGUUAGGCCAGAGGAAGGACUGACUAUCCUCCAGCUAGAGAAGAUACUUAGAUCUCAAGUUGAUUCCUUAUCGAAAGUUAAGCAGCAACGACUUGAUUAUCUGAAGAAUCUGAAAGACACAGAGCAGGCGCUGUGUGAUGCAUUGUGUGUCACGCCUUACUAUAUUCCAACUGGAAUAGUACCAACACAAAAGGACCUAGAUAAACUUAAGGAAAAUAUUGCGUCAUUGACUGCAGAAAAGGCAAAACGACAAAGCACAUUUGCGUCAGUCAAGAAGGAGAUAGUAGCUCUGUUUGAGUCUUUGGAACAAGGUCCAAAUACAUCGUUUGAAAGAGAAGUCGUUUGCGAAGAAGAGGAUACAUUUCAAUUAUCUAUGGCCAACAUAGAUGCGUUGAAACAGUUACGAAAUGAUCUUGAAAUUACUGAAAAAGAAAAUGAAAUUUUAGCCCAUGAACUGAAUGAGAAGAUUACAUUACUGUGGAAGAGACUAAGGAUAGAUGAAGCAGAAACACAACACUUUCUAAUGACACACAAAGGCCACCAACCAAAGACACUUAAAUCUCUGAAAGAAGAAUUGCAAAGACUGGAACAACUAAAGAAGGAGAACAUAAAGAAAGUGAUAGAAGAAAUGAGAGAAGAGUUAGCGUCAUGGUGGAAUAACUGUUUCUUCAGUAGAGAGCAGAAACAAGCUUUCACGCCAGCAUAUGAUGAUAAUUACACCGAGGAGUUACUUGAAUUACAUGAUCAGGAAGUCGCACGAGUCAAGAGUUACUAUGAAGAAAAUAAAGAAAUAUUAGAAUCUAUCAAGAAGAGAGAGGACAUGUGGAAAAAGAUGUUGGAGUUUGAGCACAAAGCUAAUGACCCUAACCGGUUCUUCAGUCGCACUUGUAACCUACUGCAGGAGGAAAAGACAAGGAAGAAACUCAACAAAGAGUUGCCUAAACUUGAGCAACAACUUUCUGAACGGAUUACACAGUAUGAGGAAGAAAAAGGCAAGCCAUUUCUAGUGGAUGGUUGUCGGUUCAUGGAUUAUGUACAGGCCCAAUGGGUUGAUCAUGAAAACGAGAAGCAAAUUCAGAAGGAAAUGAGGAUGAAAAAUAAACAGAAACAGACUCAAGAAGAGAUGACAUUUGGCAGUAAGCCUAGUACACCAUCUGCAAAACGUAGAUUCAUGGGCACUCCUAACAAGACACCAAACAAGAAACUCCGUGGGAUGAAUGGAGGUGUUGCACCAUCCCCACGGUCUUUUGCCUCAUCAAGUAUAAUGCCUUCACCCUCAAUGAAACGUCCUCCAAAAGGAACAAAUAUGAAUACCACAAAGACACCAAAAAGGUUUCGCAAUACACAUUCACGUAUCCAGCGACGUGCACUAACAGAUAAGAACACACAGGACGUAACACUAAGUACAACAGCAUUGAGCAGUGGUAGCAUCGUUAAUCAUGCAAAUUUCUCCAUAGCAUCAACAUGCACCUCGUAUUCUGAUUUCACGCAUGGCUUACGAGAUGCUAACAGACCAUAUGCUAACAGCAGUAUACUCACAAGUCCCAAACCGCUGAAAAUUUCAACCAAAACAAUGAAUAUUUAAAAAGGCACAAGAUAAACAGGUGGUGGACUUGCAUCAUGUGAGAGCAUUAAACUCCACGAACAGUUUGAACAAACGAAGCAGUGCGAUCCCUUCUAGCCCAUCCCAUGCAAAUCAAAAUAAGUACUACAAUCGAGUUGCUUAUAUAUAGAAUGAUACAAGUUUUUAAUUAGAUAAAUAGUUAUUGUUUAUAAAAUUUCACUCUUCUGAAUUAAAAUCUUGUUAAAAUGUUGGUUUCUUUUUAAUAGGCCAAUUUGUAGAUUUGAGAAUUACUAUUAUUGUGGUGGUUUUUGCUUGCAGAAACUUAAUUUUUUUUACUAAAAUUUACAUUUUGGGUCAAAUAAAACUUUUAAUGAUAUUACAUACUACAUGAAUGCAUGCUUAAUAUUUAAUGGGAUUCAUUAACCACUGCUUGUUUACAUUUUAUUUUGUUAGUAUAAUGGUAUUUUGUUUUAUUUUUUUUUUUCAUUUUGGUGCCUGAUGGUGAUAGCUAAAAUAAAUGGUAAACUGAAUAAUUAUAAGUUUUUUUGAUUUAUUAAAUAAAUCAGGGUUUUAUAUAAUAAGGUCUGUGUAGGGGGUGAGUGUUAAACUAAGUGGGUUUUAAUAGGAGUAUCCUGUUUGCAAUGCACGAUUUCUGGCAGUCGUGCAUUUUGUGUUGCUAAAUGUUUUAUUAUAUUGAUCGUAAGUUAUCCCACCAGAGGCCAUUUUCAUAUGCAUGAAGUGUUUCAAUCAAUACCACAUUGCAUUUUAUAACAUCAAAAUCUAUUGCUUGUAACACAUUGGCAAUGGCUUUUGUAUCUUGACUAACACAAUAUUAAGCCUAGUAAUACAUAUCUAGUUUGUAGGAAUUAUUAGUGUUUUUAUUUGACUAGAUCAGGAGUGGACUAGCAAUGCAAUGUGCCUUUUGCAUAUAAGGGACAUGUUGUCUGGGUCUAUUUAGUUUUGUUUGUGUGUAUUUAUUAUUGCUAUUGAUAAACUCAACAUGAACACAUUAAAAAGCAGUUUUAUUUUGCAAAAUUUUAGGCCAAAUUAAAAAAACAAAAAACAAAUAAACAUGUUUCUUGUUGCCUUCUGUAUUCUUUUUUUUUGGUGGGGGUUGCCUCUUUUUUUCCUGUUUACUUUCACAAGUGUAAAAAGAAAGUCCUGCAAAAACAAUGCAGCAUAAUUUGUGUGCAUGUGCCAAAGCCUUCCAUAUGCCUAGAUAUGCACAGUGUGUGUGAAGUGUGGAUAUUUGUGUGCUGAGGCCUGGUUCAUGCUGAGAUAUGCAUUGUGUGUGCAUCUAUUAGACCUAGAUAUGAAGUGUGUGUUAGGCAUCUUUGUAGAGAAAGAAAAAUAAAAAUUCUCCACAAGAAACACAUUUUUUUUUUUUUAACUUGGCCUUAUAUUUUACAAGAAAUCUUGCCUUAAGUCCUUGAACAAAUUGUCCUCAUUGAAUAAUUUUGUAAGAUAUUAGAAUAUAAUUUCAUUUGUGGAUUUUAAAGCUGGUAUUUGCGUAUAUGUUGUGUUUUUUAGCUACUGUGUCACAAAACAACCCACAAAAUAGAGAAUUUGUAAAUAUUGUACUUUCACUAAUGAUCAAUAAAAAAACAACUAUUAGUAGAAA